GAGAUUGAGGGGGAGGAGCUACAGCACGGCGAAUAGAGAAUGGAUCGACGAAGCAAAUCCAUUUUUCUGAAGUUCCAGUCGGAGUGAGCCUGCGAGCAUGUCUGACAAGGCAGAGGACAAAUGCGAAGGAAGUGUCGCUAAAGACAACAGAACAGCCACAGACCGGGCGGCUUGUACGGAGACCCUAACGGAGACAGAUGCCUUCAUCCGAAGCUCUUUUGACUUGGAUCCUACAGAGGAGUACAAGAUGGACAACAAACGACGAGGCCUCGCGCUCAUCUUUAACCAGGAGCGAUUCUUCUGGCGCCUGGGGUUAAAUGACAGGCAUGGAACCAAUGCUGACCGCUACAACCUGGAGAGAAGACUGAGGGAGCUAGACUUCGAAGUGAAAAUUUACGAGAACUACAAACUGGUGGAAGUCUUUGAUAAAAUCAGUGAAGCCGCCGAGGCCGACCAUUCGGACGUGGACUGCUUUUUACUUGUCUUCCUGAGUCACGGCGAGAAUGAUCACGUUUACACCUAUGAUGGAAAGAUAAGCAUUCAAGAUAUCACAUCCCUGUUCAAAGGAGAUAAAUGCAAGAGCCUGGUGGGAAAGCCAAAGAUCUUCAUAUUACAGGCAUGCCGCGGAGACAAGCAUGAUGAUCCGGUAACUGCCUGCGAUGCCGUGGACAGUGAGCUGAAGACGAACGAGGUGGUGGUGGACGCCAGCGCUGUGCACACCCUCCCUGCUGGGGCUGAUUUCAUCAUGUGCUACUCGGUGGCUGAAGGUUACUAUUCCCACCGAGAGACCAUAAACGGCUCCUGGUACAUCCAGGAUCUGUGUGAGAUUCUCCAGAAGUAUGGGAAGUCUCUUGAAUUCACAGAAUUGCUCACGCUGGUCAACAGGAAAGUGUCCAUGAGGAGCGUUGGGAACAGUGUUGACCGGAAGGCCAUUGGGAAGAAGCAAGUACCUUGUUUUGCUUCAAUGCUCACGAAGAAACUCUACUUCCGACCAAAAAAGUAACAAAUAUCAGACGUCAGUCAUAAAACUGGGUUUAUAAUACUGCUUGGGAUUUUAAAGAAUUUUUCUCUAGUCCUCUACUGUCUGUUGAUUAUAAACACUAUUAUUAAUGAACAAUCAUCCGACUGGAAGCCUACAGUGAAAUGAGUGCUUACAAAAUAACUGGAACAUCCACCUAAGAAAUCUGACCAUUCGCUUAAACUUUAUGCCAAGUUAAAAUUUUGGUUUCAUUUCUGUCGUGAAGAUUCAUUUGUAGAAACCAGAUUUCUUGGCUGGUUAAAACCUCAGUUUGUUUCCAGUUUUCGCAUUUACGUGACAGAGAAUCAAGAUGGGGAACGUAUCUGUGGCAGCGGUAUGGUAGAGGAAAUGGAACUGCUGACCAGCUGAUGUUGCCGUAUCUACCCAUCUGCGCCUGGUUUCUCAUGCUAAUCUGGUUUCUUGUGCGAUUGGGAACAUCAUAAUGCAGUUUCAUACAACAGUCAAAGUUAGACCGGAAUAUUGCAGGACCAAUCUUUUCUCAUUACAGCUACAUGUAUGCAUUGAUUGAUAUGGGUGGGGAAAAAAGGUGCUCUUUCUAUCACCAACUUGUAACACUAUGAUUUGAAUUUUUUGCAACUGAAAUGCCAACUCGAAAUCGAGGGCAAUUCAGAAGACCAUAACCGUAACUUAUGGCCUUGUUGUACUCGACUGCGUUAUGUUUGAAGGUGUUCCUCUUAUUUUGUCCGGCCCUUGUUCAGUUUUGCACUUUCAAGAAAUUGCUUUUAAACCGCAUGAUUAUUAUGGACCAUAUUCUAUGUUAGAUACUUUUUCUUAGCCUUUUGUCACAUUUUUUGUUUUUGCUUGAUUAAUCCAAUGUAAGCUACUGUGGUACCACGCAACUGACUCAAGAAGCCAUAAAAGACAUUUGUGGUGGCCUUACCCAGGGAAGCUUAUCUCAGGCAAAACAUUGUCUCAGGGAAAGCUGGAGAUGUCACUUGAGUUUGGUUGUCUUGACGUUUGAGUCGGACGCAGGAGUGUCUACAAGGCAGACAAGUUCUUUCCAACUUAACUGUGACUUGCGAGGCAGGUGACAUAACAGCAUGACAAUCAGGUACAUCUAAUGAUUUUGUUCAUACUGACUUUUAACGCUUUUUGUUUUUUGGUCUUUUUAAGAAGCAAUGGCCAUGCAACAUCUCUCAUACCAGACUGUUCAGACACCACAUCGACAUGCUGUUUGUUAAGCUCGCUCCAUCAAAAAGGGAAUUUAUAUUUGUGCUGUUGUUUGUGUCUUAGGAGUUUAAUGAUGCAUAUUUGCACCCAUAAUGUGAGCAAACACCAGCGUGGAGAGUACCUCAGGGAGGAGGGGUUAUUGUUUGUAAAAACUGUGCUGGACUUUAAAUACUUCUGUGUCACAUGAUCUAUGACUCAGGAAAAAAAAUCCCAAAGUGACCAGCCUCCACUUGUGUGUCUUACUCUUAUUACUUUGUACAGUAAAAUCUUGUGAGUGUGUGUGUGUGUGUGAAAGAGAGAGAGAGAGAGUGAGCGAGUGUUUUUUCCUCCAUACACUGCUCUCUGCAUUUGAGGUCAGAGACAUUCAUUAACAUUUCAGUACACAGACAUUCAUCAGAUUGUUGCACAAAACAACAGUACACCCACAUGUACCAGUCAGGUCAGGCUAUUGACUCACUGAAUUUAAAUCUUAUAUAAAAUCACCUCAUGGCACCAUAGGCUUACAAUAUGAACAAGAAACAAAUUAUAAUUUCCUAUACAGGUGGUCUUAUAUCCAGCUUAAAAUCCAGACAUAAUAAAGAAGCUACCAUGGCAGCCUCUGUUGAGCUCUGACCAACUCUGAGUCACAGUAUUUUUCUUAGUAUGAAAGCUUGCAUUUUGAGCUAUAUUUCAUGUUUGUAUUGGAGAUCUAUGGUGGCCUGCUUGUUUAUGAGUGAUGCCAAUCAGAAGCCUAACGUGAUUGGUCCAUGUCUAUAGGUGAGCAAAAGUUGAGCUUUUCUGAUGCUCCUUUUGAGGUGACAUGUGUUCACCUGUGCCCUAAAAUUGUUCACAAAUGUCAAUCGUCUGAAGUAACUCAGGAUUAUUUGUCUACCAACCUUGUCUACAAUCACAACACAUUUAAGAUUUCCAUAACAAGACAUGAGUCAGACGGGAGGUUGUCCCAGUGUCAGGAAAUACUUUUUAUUUCAAUAGUCCUCAGGGUCUGUAUGUCUGUCAAAGAUUUCAUUGGCAUCAUUAUCAAGACUGUAAACAAAACACAGAAUGAUGUGGAUUCCUGGUAAAAAGGUGCUAUUAUCAAAAUAAAGCAGAAAAUUUGUUUUUGCUCUGGA